AUGGGUGCGACGGUCGCGAGCUCAAAAAGUAAGCGCUCGCUCGCUAGUAAAGGGAUGAGCGUUCUCAUAUUUGGUGGAUUGGUAUUUGGAACUGCUAUUUGGUUAUUAUUUAUUGCCGCGGGCGUCUACGCAACCGUGUACCAUUUCUACAUUCCUCAGUCGGAGGUUCGUUCCGCAGUGUACUUUCACCAUGACGUGCGGCACAAGAAUUAUUCGCUUUGCGUUAUUGAUUUGGUGCAUCUUCCAUUCAGCCAUGUCGACUACUCACUAAACUUGGCUUUGGAAAUGCAGAGAUCAGAUCGUAACAAACAAAUUGGAAACUUCGGAAUCACGGUAACUUUAGCUGAUGAGAAGACAGUUGACUCUGCCAUUGAUGGUGCGUCCAGCAUCGCGAUUGAAACGAGGAUGAAAGUACGAUCGGGUAGCACUACUAUGCUCACGGGAAUCCUUCCUUACAGGAGCCCUCUGCUUGAGUCGCUCAACACCUUGACAUUCGCGCCGCUGUAUGUUUUUGGACUUAUAAAACAAACAUCGACUAUGGAUUUGAGACUGUUCGAUCAAAUUCGCUCGUUGAAACGCAACUACAAAUACGCUGUUGUGCACAUCAAAGGCCGGAUCGAUCUGGAAAACGCGAGUCUUAUUUGGAAACCUCAACUUAGAGGUGUUCGUUAUUUGAUGUCACAGUAUCAGCUGCUGUCAUUUUUCUUUGGCACUUUGUUUGUGUGGUUUUGGGAGCUGUCGGCCACGUUGGGAACAAUUCUCAUCAUUCGCAGUCGCAAUGCCCAGGCAAAUGAGCGGAGCGACAAAUUGACGUCACACGAGAUACAGAUCCCGCGAAGAAGUGUAUCAAGGCGCCACUACAAAAGUCUGAACCCACCGUCUGAAUAUUUUUUCGAGUAUUCGGAUCACUAUAAAGCGGAUACGGGUAGCCCCCUGGAGCCACUCACCACCGGCCCCGUAGAUGCGAAUAUAAAUCGUGAGCACACCAGAGAGACCACGCAGGCGCAAGAAUUCGAAGAAUCUCAUAGUCAGGAGGACACACCAAACGUAUCCUACGCAUCUGACACGGUCGAAGCUGAAACACCAGCGACGACGAUCGAUGAUUUCGAAAGUUUGAUCAAUCAAUCUACGAUGCAAGACACCUCCAGAGCCGGUUCGUCGAGUUUUUCGGCUCUCAAGCCAGGCCAACCAAGAAAUAGAAAAGGUUGA